GCACUAUGAGCUGUGAUCAGAGUAACAUUUACUGAGGAAACUCAUCUUUAUCACCUGGACAGAGUGGCCUGCAUACUGACCUUCACUUCCUGCUCGCUUUGGUCACUGUCAGUUAUGUGGUCCUGCAGUUCUACUCUUUGUAUCCUGAUCUUACUGAUCUCUACACUCACUACUGUGUCUUUAUCAGCUGUUGCUCCAUUGAAGGUGAAUCUUCAUGGCUCUGCUACUCUGCCCUGCUCUGGGAGAUGUUCUGGUUUGGUCAGAUGGACUGUGUUCAGUAAACCUGGAGAUGCUCUGGCUGAGUGUGAUCAGACUUCAUGUAGAUCAGUGAAGGAGGGAUAUCAGAUGAUCUAUGAUCAGUAUCUGAAGGGGAAUCUCUCUCUCAUCAUCACUGACGCUGAUUUCAAUAAGAGGAACAGGUACACAUGUGACUGUGAUGGCAAAGACAUCUGUGACGUACAUCUUCAAAUUGAGCCCUUGAACACUACAGUUCAGAUAAAGCCUGGUGAACACCUGGUCCUGGGCUUGGAUGCAUCAGAAGAAGUGGAGGUGCUUUAUAGUAGUGCACGAUCAAGUAGAUCAUCCAGUGGUCAGAUGUGUACAGUGAUAAUACGGUCACUACAGUGUAAACCUGAAUAUGAACAGAGAGUUUUGGCUGCUCUUCAUCUGAGAAAUGUGACUCCAUCUGAUAGUGGAGUUUAUACUGUAAUGGAAGCCAGGAAUGAAGAGGUCAUUCACACCUACACAGUGACCGUGGGGUCAGCAGGUGGAGGUGAAUUAAAGGAUGAAGGAGUUGCCAUACCAGUGUGGGCGACCGUACUGCUGGUUGUACAAGUAGCUGUGAUUGUGGGAUUAGCAGUGAAGAUUGUGCGGCUGAGGAGAUUCAUGAAUGACCAGAAACUCUGAGAGAUCUUCACUGAUCAGUCUCUUUUCUUCUCUUUCAUUCUUUCCUUCUCGUGCUCUGUGGUUAUGUCCAUGCAUGACGGUGGCUAUUGAUGUGUAUCUCUUCUUCAUCUGUGAUGUUGAAAUGUAACAUUUUAUUUAAUGAUAGUUCUCUUCUUCUCAGCUAAGGCAUAUUUUAUUCACCCACUCUACUGUCUAGAAGGUCUGAAGGCCCCUUUCAUUACCACCAACUUAGCAACAUGCUAGAACUCUCAUUCUGAGGCUUGUGCACACUUUAACUGUCAGAACCUGGACGUUAUCAGGAGCCUUUCACUGGUCAUGGGCUUUGAGACCUCAGCUACUUGCUCUACUUUUCCAUCCAAAGAAUUUUAUAUUAUAUUAUUAUAUAUUUUUGUUGGCACUGUAUUUGGACAAUCCUCUAUCGCUAAUCUAUAACUGAUAACAAACCACCUGCUGCUUCUCAACCCUGUUGAUUAGGAUUAGGAUCAAGGUUAGAGUGAGGUUUAGGUUUUGGUUUGAUGUCAGGAUCAAGGUUACAGUGAAGUUUAGGUUUUGAUUAGAUAUCAGGAUCAAGGUCAGGGUGAAGUUUAGGUUUUGAUUUGAUGUCAGGAUCAAGGUUAGGGUGAAGUCUAGGUUUUGAUUUGAUGUCAGGAUCAAGGUUACGGUGAAGUUUAGGUUUUGAUUUGAUGUCAGGAUCAAGGUUAGAGUGAGGUUUAGGUUUUGGUUUGAUGUCAGGAUCAAGGUUACAGUGAAGUUUAGGUUUUGAUUAGAUAUCAGGAUCAAGGUUAGGUUGAGGUUUAGGUUUUGGUUUGAUGUUAGGAUCAAGGUCAGGGUGAGGUUUAGGUUUUGAUUUGAUGUCAGGAUCAAGGUUAGGUUGAGGUUUAGGUUUUGGUUUGAUGUUAGGAUCAAGGUCAGGGUGAAGUUUAGGUUUUGAUUAGAUAUCAGGAUCAAGGUUAUGGUGAGGUUUAGGUUUUGAUUUGCUGUCAGGAUCAAGGUUAAGGUGAGGUUUAGGUUUUGAUUAGAUAUCAGGAUCAAGGUUGAGGUUUAGGUUUUGAUUUGCUGUCAGGAUCAAGGUUAAGGUGAGGUUAGGUUUUGAUUUGAUGUCACAGGAUCAAGGUUACGGUGAGGUUUAGGUUUUGAUUUGAUGUCAGGAUCAAGGUUACGGUGAAGUUUAGGUUUUGAUUAGAUAUCAGGAUCAAGGUCAGGGUGAAGUUUAGGUUUUGAUUUGAUGUCAGGAUCAAGGUUAUGGUGAGGUUUAGGUUUUGAUUUGAUGUCAGGAUCAAGGUUACGGUGAGGUUUAGGUUUUGAUUUGAUGUUAGGAUCAAGGAUAAGGUGAAGUUUAGGUUUUGAUUAGAUAUCAGGAU